AUGCUCGCACCCACGCCCCUCCGCUUCCUCCUCCGCCGCCGCCCCUACUCCACCACCACCACCACCGCACCGCCGCUCAUAACAUCAACCUCCAUCCCCGCCCCCCACACCGGCACAAUCAAGCUGCUCAAGCUCAACCGCCCAAAAGCCAAAAACGCAAUCUCGCGCGCGCUGCUGGCCGAGCUGGCCGAGCAUGUCAAUGCGAUUGGGAGCGGCGCGGACCGCGACACCCGCGUGCUGAUCAUUGGCAGUGCCGUGGAGGGCGUGUUUUGCGCGGGCGCGGAUCUAAAGGAGCGCGCGGGCUUCACCAAAGCCGACACGGACGCCUUCCUCACCAGUCUCCGCAGCACGCUCACAAACCUCAGCACGCUCCCCAUCCCCACGAUCAGCGCCAUCUCCUCCGUGGCGCUCGGCGGCGGCCUCGAGCUCGCGCUGGCCACCGACCUGCGCGUCGUCUCCGAGGGUGCACAAAUCGGGCUGCCCGAGACGCGGCUCGCAAUUGUGCCCGGUGCCGGCGGGUGCUACCGGCUCCCGGCGCUGGUGGGAAGGAGUAGGGCGUUGGAUUUGAUCUUGACCGGGAGAAGGGUGGGGGCGGCGGAGGCGCUGGGGAUGGGGCUGGUGAAUCGGGUGGUGGAGGGGGAUGCGGUGGAGGGGGCGGUGGAGGUCGCGAUGGAGGUGUGUAGAGGGGGCCCGGUGGCGGUUAGGGCGGCGGUGGAGGCGGUGGGGAGGGGGAGGGGCGGGGAGGAGGGGGAGGGGUGGGCGUAUGAGAGGGUUGUGGGCACGUGGGACCGGAAUGAGGCGUUGAGGGCGUUUAGGGAGAAGAGGAAGCCGGAGUUUAAGGGGGAGUAG